CACACAGAACCUACCUCCUGUACACACACACACACAUAACCUACCUCCUCUACACACACCCAGAACCUACCUCCUGUACACACACACACACAGAACCUACCUCCUGUACACAUAGCACCUACAGUGUCUACGACACAUUCCCAGCACCUAUCUUCUACGCACACAUUAUCUACCACACGUACAGCACGUAGUAGUAUAUCUUACCCACAGCAGGGACAUCUUAUCCUACGUACAGCAUAUAUACACAGUAGCUACUAUACACACACACAGCACCCACACAUACCUAGUUCCUCUCAUCUGCACACAGUAUCCUAUUAAUAAUCCAGCAGAAUCCCCCCACCGUCGACACCUUAUAGAUUAUAAUACAACACACCCAGCCCCUGCUGUGCACACCUUUCGCUUACUACACACGUCUAUAAAUACCCGGCACCGCCUGUACUAAUUACCGUGGGCUCACUAGGCACUUGCAUCUUCUCCACUACCCGUGCAGCCACAUCCACGUUGGGGGGCGUGGGGGGGUGGACAUCUCACGGACCCGCCCAGAAGAGACCUGCAAACCUUCGACCCUGACUCAGCGGCAAGCCCCACCAGCAAUCAAAGCGGAGCUUGGCCAAGGUCUCUGUUACCAGCCCAGCAGGCCGCUCUUUCACUCUUCCUGAGCCCAAGCCACCGGAAAGAGAGAAGAGCGUCCGCCAGAAGCACUCGGCACGGACGACAUCCCCGCCAGCGUCACUGCAGGAGGAGCAGCAGCAACAAGGACGUCGUCAUCAUCAUCAUCAUCUUGGUCCACGAUCCUGCAGGGACGUCAAGGAUAACCGGCAUCAUUGGCAGCAUCUUCAUCCUUUGGAAAAAGCAAGCUGCUGCGAGGAUAACAUCAUCAUCACCAUCGCCCUGAUCCUGUGGGACCAGCUUAUCUCCAUGACCUCGCCUCGCUGACCAUCCUCCUCCCGAGCACCGUGCUACGGGCGCCCUGCUGGGACACCCUUCCCCCCGCUGAGUGGGAGUGAACGACUGUCACGGCCAUGGGGAAUGGUCUUUCAGGCGAUAACCCAGUGCUGGCGAACUUCCCAAGCUUCCAGCCGCUGCAUGUGGCCAUAAUUGGCCUGGAUUCUGCAGGGAAGACUACGUUGCUCUGCCGCCUUAAGCUCCACGAUUUUGUGCACACGGCGCCGACCAUCGGCUUCAACACGGAGCGGCUGCGUGUAACCCUGGGACAGGGCAGGGUGGCCAACUUCCACUUUUGGGAUGUUGGCGGCCAGGAGAAGGUGCGGCCACUCUGGAAAUCGUACACACGCUGCGCCGACGGCAUCGUGUUUGUCACGGACGCUUCCGACCCUGAGCGUGUCGAGGAAGCCCGCACGGAGCUGCAUCGCAUCGCACGGACGGCAGAGUGCCAGGGUGUGCCAUUCCUUGUCGUUGCCAACAAGCAGGACCUACCCGAUGCCUUGCCCCCUCAUCAGCUGGAGAAGCUUCUAACUCUGACUGAUCUUGGUCCCACCAUACUGUGGCACAUACAACCCGUGUGCGCCGUCACAGGACAGGGUGUCUACGAGGGACUCGAUAAGCUCUACGAGAUGAUCCUGAAGAGGAGGAAAGUGGUCAAGUGGCAGAAGAAAAAUAAUAAACAGCGGUAAAGACCGCUUGUGGUGGUCUGCACGAAGGACUCCUUAUUUUAUGAUCACUGAUUUAGGCAGUGUUGGCAAAGAAAUAACUUUAAUCCUGUUUGUUUGGAUGCAGUUUUUGUUUGUUCAUGGUCAGCACAACAGACUGGAAUUGUGCGUAAAGAUGAACUGUUACAGAUUAUAUUGCUGUGGCCAAACUUCUAAUGUGGGAAAGCAUUUCGUUGUUGUGGCUUGAAACCUUUGGCCCGUUGGUUAAUACAAUAAGAAUGCACAGCUCAUUUUUUGAAAAACGCAUUGUUUACAUGGAGUCUGUAACAUCAACUAAAAAAGUGCUUUAUAGUUUUUUUAGGAUUGUUUAAAAAGUACAAAUUUGGAAAAUUAAAAAAACGUUAUUGCAUGUACAAUAGCAGCACUCUUUAAAGUUAUUACGUUGUUCAUUACUGUAUUGAGGCUUUUUUUGUACAUUUCCUGUUGAUAUUGUUACUCAAUGACGGAACAUCUGUAAGAGUAGAGCUAGAGUACAUAUUUAAUAGUGCGUUUAGUUGAAAAUGAUUUUAAAAAAAUAAAACAUUACAAGUGCAGGUUUCCAUUGGUGUACCAUUUUUGAAAUUCAACUUGGGUAUCGUACCGCAUGCAACAUUUCCAUACACAAUCAGGACAUUAGGCUAUGUCAACUCUUUUGGAUAAAAGGGUAUGCUCAUAGUUCUUGAUAAGCGUAUAGAAUUGUAAUAGCAGAUUCUAAAAAUCUAUGGCUUAUUUGCUAUAUGUUAUUGCUAAAAUUGAUUUGUUUACAGCUAAUUUUAAAACGCAUUACAGGCAAGUGCUUUUUCAUGAUUCGCCAAUUGUCUAUUCAAGAAGGCAGAAUGCCAAAGAUCGUUUAUUUGUUUUUAGUGCACCGUGUGACUACAUAAGCUAACCUUGGUCUCUGAGCUCUGAAAAGACAACACCGUGAUCUAAAUCUAGGGUUUGGUUAAAUUUUGACUUAAAGCUUUUCGUGACUGCAGUAAUUCAUAUUCUUGGGUUGGGUUGUUUCAAGCGGUUUAUAAACUGUUCAGCUAAUGCAGUGCUCUGCUUAUCAGAAAGUGUAUAAGCACAGUUUCUGUUUUCCAGCAACACAACUACCACAGCCAGUGGACGAAACUUAUGGAUUUAAAUUGUUGAAUGUCAUGUGCCUGGAAAAUCAAGUACAGUGGUCAGCAACACAUUGCUCUUGACCCCGUUUGAUACCACUCAUUUCUGUGUGUGGUUACCAAUGCGCGCCGUACUAUGUGAAUGUUGAAGUCUGCCACAUCGUUCCUGAGAGACUUCUAAUGCAUGCUACUGGUGCAGUCGAAAUUCCAAAUAAGAAAAUAGCUUGCUUUAAUCGCAUGAAAUUAACCAAGUGUUUCAAAUAUGAAUAUCGAUGUAACCAUACAGUGAUUGAAUUAAAAUAUAUAUUUUUGCUUACGAGACAUGCAGAAAAUUCGACAUUUUUAAAUUAUGUUUUUAUAAUACUUUGGAAGUGAUAGGUUAAUACCUUCUAGACAAUGGCAAAAAAACGUAUUUGUGAAUUGUGACCCUGCAUCCUCCAGUCAAAAUUCCAUAAAGUUGAAGGGAAUAAUGUGUCCCUAAACAUUAAGAAGACCUUUGCAAAACAGAUACUGGGAAUGGCAACGAAUAAAAAAUACAUAAACCAAUCAACAUAUUAACUGGAACGUUGUAAGUGUUUGAAAAUUAUUCAAGGCCUCAGCACUGUGCACUUUAGUUGCUGCCUUAUGUUAAUGAUAAUGGCUGCUCUUAAUACGAAUGAUAUACUGAGGAUAUAUCUCAAUGUUUCCAGCACAAUUUAAAGUUCGCUCAUGCAUGAUAUCUGUUUUUAUACUCCGUGGUUUACCAGCAUAUGUGUGACCAAUUGAUAUGUCCCACAAGCAUAAAUUUAACCAUGCACUGAGGUUCCUAUGGUAAGAACGCAACUGUGCGAUGUACUGCAAGUAAAAUUUAGUUUGUCUCAUUAUUUACAAAUGUACAUAUUUAUUUUUUGUAUACAUAAAUAAGGACUGGGUACAUAUUUCUAGAGUUUUGUUACAUAACAGUAACAUAUCAGUCUUCCGGUAAAGUGAUCCAUGUUAAACAGCCUGGAUUGUAGGCGUUCUAAUGCCAAUAAAAUCCCAUUUGAAAUACAGUA